CGGCUGUCUGCGGAGGAGAAAAAAACACCUCCCCGGGUGGUAUGGAGGGGAUAGACGGGUAUAUAAGGGGCCCGGUGGUCGCUGCCUGUCACCUCCUAUCAGCUGGAACCCACAGCGGUCAAAGUUCCUCACUGACGGCCGGAGACGAGCAGAGAUAACCCGCAGACAUGUGUGACGACGACGAGACCACCGCCCUUGUGUGCGACAAUGGCUCCGGCCUGGUGAAGGCUGGCUUCGCUGGAGACGACGCUCCCAGGGCCGUGUUCCCCUCCAUCGUCGGCCGUCCCCGUCACCAGGGUGUGAUGGUCGGUAUGGGUCAGAAGGACUCCUACGUGGGCGACGAGGCUCAGAGCAAGAGGGGCAUCCUGACCCUGAAGUACCCCAUCGAGCACGGCAUCAUCACCAACUGGGACGACAUGGAGAAGAUCUGGCACCACACCUUCUACAAUGAGCUGCGUGUGGCCCCUGAGGAGCACCCCACCCUGCUGACAGAAGCCCCCCUCAACCCCAAAGCCAACAGAGAGAAGAUGACUCAGAUCAUGUUUGAGACCUUCAACGUCCCCGCCAUGUACGUGGCCAUCCAGGCCGUGCUGUCCCUUUACGCCUCCGGACGUACCACCGGUAUCGUUCUGGACUCUGGCGAUGGUGUGACCCACAACGUGCCCAUCUAUGAAGGCUAUGCUCUGCCUCACGCCAUCAUGCGUCUGGACCUGGCUGGUCGUGAUCUGACCGACUACCUCAUGAAGAUCCUGACUGAGCGCGGCUACUCCUUCGUCACAACAGCUGAGCGUGAGAUCGUUCGUGACAUCAAGGAGAAGCUCUGCUACGUGGCUCUGGACUUUGAGAACGAGAUGGCCACCGCCGCCUCCUCCUCCUCUCUGGAGAAGAGCUAUGAGCUGCCCGACGGUCAGGUCAUCACCAUCGGUAACGAGCGUUUCCGCUGCCCAGAGACCCUGUUCCAGCCCUCAUUCAUCGGUAUGGAGUCCGCUGGCAUCCAUGAAACCGCCUACAACAGCAUCAUGAAGUGCGACAUUGACAUCCGUAAGGACCUGUAUGCCAACAAUGUGCUCUCCGGCGGCACCACCAUGUACCCGGGUAUCGCUGACCGCAUGCAGAAGGAGAUCACCGCUCUGGCUCCCAGCACAAUGAAGAUCAAGAUCAUCGCCCCUCCUGAGCGUAAAUACUCGGUGUGGAUCGGCGGCUCCAUCCUGGCCUCCCUCUCCACCUUCCAGCAGAUGUGGAUCAGCAAACAGGAGUACGACGAGGCCGGCCCCAGCAUCGUCCACCGCAAGUGCUUCUAAACACGCCGCCGCCGCCACACAGCCGUCCUACGACCACGACCACGACCACGGCCUGACCUGUACAUAUGUUAUUUAUUCCUCCUGUUUUUAUUUUUGUGCUUGAAUGUGAGUGAUGCUGAGAGUGUGUGAGAGUGAUACGCUUCAACUCAGACCAACUGUGACAGAGAAUUUUAGAAGAAACUCAGAAAAGACCAAAAAGAUUUAAGGAAUAAAAGAAUCCUGUCAUUUUCA